UAUUGGUCGAAGCAUUGUGGUACCCAAGAGAAAGACCACUGCACAGCAGCAUCGCCGUACGAAUGACCAGAAAAUCGUCCGACAAAACCUGGAACAUGGCCCAACGGAGGAUAUGCUAUAUCUUAUUCUUAAAACACCCACACAUGAGAAAUGCCAUGAGAAUGAGAAGUUUCAUCUAGUAUGAUUCAAAGGCAGGUGACACUGACCCAGAACUUGUACCAGAACAGGUUUCUCGGACUUGGACGAGCAGCAAUGGCAUCCCCGUCACGUUCGUCCCAGAACCGCCGGCGCUGUAAGCACCCGAUCCGCCACAGCUACAAUCCCGAGCAGUUCCCGAACGUCAACUUCCAGAACGGCUUUCCUGAGGUCGUGGCGACUAUGCACCGCUCGACCAGCGACACAGACCUGGUGACAUCACACAGCCGUUCAACGCUCACCGUCAGCACCUCACUCUAUGCCAUCGGUCAGACCCAGGACAUCCUCAUCUGCUGGGACAUCAAGGAGGAGGUGGACGCUGGGGACUGGAUUGGCAUGUACCUCAUCGAAGAAGUUUCGUCGGAGAACUUUCUAGACUACAAGAGCCGCGGAGUGAAUGGUUCGCACAAGGGCCAGAUAGUGUGGAAAAUUGAGGCCAACUCCUAUUUUGUGGAGCUGGAGACCAAGAUCUGUUUUAAAUACUACCAUGGUGUGAGCGGGGCCCUGCGAGCCACUACCCCCAGUUUGACUGUGAAGAACCCCUCAGUUCCGGUGUUUAAGCCCGUCACAAAUGAAGAAGUCCCCCAGAGCACAGGCAGCAGAAGACUCAUUAGCUUCUCCCUCUCAGAUUUCCACGCCACAGGGCUGAAGAAAGGGAUGUUCUUCAACCCUGACCCCUACCUGAAGAUCGCCAUCCAUCCCGGCAGGAACAGCAUCUUUCCAGCGCUGCCACACCACGGCCAGGAGAAACGCUCCAGCAUCGUCUGUAACACCAUCAACCCCCGCUGGCAGAGAGAGCGCUUCAACUUUGUGUCUCUGCCCACGGACGUUCUGGAGAUCGAGGUGAAAGAUAAGUUUGCCAAGAGUCGUCCCAUCAUCAAACGUUUCCUGGGCAAGCUGUCCAUGCCUGUGCAGAGGCUACUGGAGAAGCAUGCAAUUGGUGACCGUGUGGUUAGCUACACACUGGGCCGAAGGCUGCCGACGGAACAUGUCAGUGGACAGCUGCAGUUCAGAUUUGAGAUCACUUCCUCCAUUCAUCCAGAUGAUGAGGACAUGUCUCUCAGCACGGAGCCUGAGUGUACCGCUGUGCAGGAGAACCAAGGGGAAGGCCAGUCUUCCCAGGCCCAAGGCCAGGCAGAGGACACCAUGAGCCUGGAUCCGGGGGCUCCUGAACUCCCCAUGGAUGAGGAGGAAUAUACUGGAGCUCCAGAACUCCCUAUUGGAGGGGAUACAGAUACUGACACUCCUAUGGAGGGGGAUCCAGCAAGGCCUUCGAGUUCAAAGCAGCCCACAGAUGGAGAUGGAGACUCAGGGCCUGGCUGUUCCAGAGCAGAAGCCCUAAAAACAGAACCAAGCGAACCAGAAGUCCAUGGUGCCCACGGGGAGGCGGUUGUGGCUGUAGCUGUUUCUGCAGAGAAGCUACCCACGGUAGAGGAGAACAGUGAGGAAGGGGACCAGCAGACCCCCACUAGUCCUCAGCCUGCUGUCCCAGAGGAGCAGAGGGCUAUUGGGCAGGAGGCUGAGUGGGCAGAGGGGGUGGAAAGUGCCCCAGUAGAGGGUCAGUUCAGCUCUGCUGUAGUGCAGGACAUGGAGAGUGCAGCCUUUGGAGCCUCUCGAGGGCCAGCAGAACAGCAGGCAGUGGGGCAGGAAGAGGGAGACGAGGACUCCUGCUCCCUGCGCGUCAGGACCACCCCUAGACGUAAGAACCGGCCCUGCUCCCUGCCUGUGUCCGAGCUGGAGACAGUCAUCGCCUCGGCUUGCGGGGAGCCUGAAACCCCUCGCUCACACUACAUCCGCAUCCACCACCUCCUCCACAGCUUGCCCUCUGCCCAGCCAGAAACCCAGGAAGACGGGGAGGGAGAGCAGGCUGAGGCUGAGAUGGAGUCCGACUUGGACCCAGAUCCAGACCCAGACCCAGGCCCUGACCAGCUAAGCCCCAGGGACCAGGAUGGCUCAGAAGAGGAUGAGAAGGCCGAGCCCCUGACCCCUGGCCCAAGGAGGACCCUGCCCCGCAGCCUGUCCAUUGAGCGUCUGUCCGACCUGGCCCUGUUGCUGGACAGCAAGGGCCGCCACCCCCAGGGCCAGGUCAGGGGUCACCAGAGAGUGUCCGACGAGGAUGACAUGGAGCCCUGCUGUAGUAGCUCAUGCUACGAGGGCCGAGUAGGCCACACCCGGGCACCUCUACUGGCUGCAAGCAGGACAUCUGAGGGGAGCAGUGCUUUCUCCUCCCAAGAGGAUGAGGACAUGGAGGUGAGCGGGGCAGAGAGCAGGGAGCCAGGGGAUGGCAUGCCCCAAUGGCAAGAGGCCCCAUCCACGCAGGUCCAGAGCCCCCAGAGCUUCAUGGGAAAUGGAGAGUCACCCGUGGCUGGGCCCAGUGGGAGGAUAGGACGUGAUUGUCCCUUACCUUCCAGUCAUCCUCCAGUUAGCCAGCUUCCUGCUCUGCGUCCUGAUUCUCAUCACUACCCCACCAUCGAUGAACCACUGCCACCAAACUGGGAGGCACGUGUGGACAGCCAUGGUCGUGUGUUCUAUGUGGACCACAUCAACAGGACCACCACGUGGCAGAGACCCACUUCAGCAGCCACGCCCGACGGCAUGAGGAGGUCCGGAUCCGUUCAGCAGAUGGAACAACUCAAUAGGAGGUACCAGAGCAUCCAGAGGACCAUGGCCAUAGACAGGAGUGAGAAUGAAGAAAGCAGAAGCAGGAGUGAGAGAACAAGCCUCAACAACAACAGCAGUGAGACUGAUUCUCCUCCAAUGGCUAAUGAGCUGAGAAGAGACAGCUCCUCCUCAUCAUCAUCAUCUCCAGUCAACAGCCAGAAAAUCACAGCUCUGCUACAGAGCCCAGCGGUGAAGUUCAUCACACACCCAGAGUUCUUCACUGUCCUCCACGCCAACUAUGGGGCCUAUCGCAUGUUCACCAGCAGUACGUGCCUGAAGCACAUGAUCCUGAAGAUUCGUAGAGAUGCUCGUAACCUUGAGAGGUACCAGCACAACAGAGACCUGGUCACAUUCCUCAACCGCUUCACUGACGCCCAGCUGGAACUGCCCCGGGGCUGGGAGAUCAAGACUGACCCUCAGGGCAAGAACUUCUUUGUGGACCACAACAGCCGGGCGACCACGUUCAUCGACCCCAGAAUCCCCCUGCAGAAUGGUUGCCUGCCCAACCACCUGACCCACAGGCAGCACCUGCAGAGACUACGCAGCUACAGUGCAGGAGAGGCCUCUGAGGUCUCCCGUAGUCGAGGUGUGGCCUUGUUGUCAAGGCCAGGGAACAGUGUGGUGGCAGCAAUACGGAGUCAGCAUCCCCCAGACCCAGUGCCACAAGCUUAUAAUGAGAAGAUAGUGGUCUUCCUGCGUCAGCCUGGAAUACUAGAAGUUCUAACGGAGCGCCAGCCAGCCCUGUCCAGGAACCAUUCCCUGAGGGAAAAGAUCCACUACAUCAGAACAGAGGGCACCCAAAGACUGGAGAAACUGGCAUGUGAUGCAGACCUGGUGAUACUAUUGAGCUUGUUUGAAGAGGAAAUCAUGUCAUAUGUUCCACCCUCCUUCCAUCCUGGCUUCAGCUUCUCUCCUCGUUGUUCACCUGGGUCUUCACCACAGAGUUCUCCAGGAAUGUCAAGAGCGAGAGCACCUGCCCCGUACCGGAGAGACUUUGAGGCCAAACUACGCAACUUCUACAGGAAACUGGAGGCUAAAGGCUAUGGCCAGGGCCCAGGAAAAAUCAAGCUUAUUGUCCGGAGAGACCACCUGUUGGAGGGUACCUUUAACCAGGUCAUGGCCUACUCACGCAAGGAACUACAGAGGAAUAAGCUCUACAUCACCUUCAUAGGAGAGGAGGGGCUGGACUACAGUGGGCCGUCCAGAGAGUUUUUCUUCCUGCUGUCUCAGGAGCUGUUCAACCCCUACUAUGGCCUGUUUGAGUACUCAGCCAACGACACAUACACCGUCCAGAUCAGCCCCAUGUCUGCCUUCGUAGAGAACCAUCUGGAAUGGUUCCGGUUUAGUGGGCGUAUUUUGGGACUGGUGUUGAUCCACCAAUAUCUCCUGGAUGCCUUCUUCACGCGGCCCUUUUACAAGGCUCUCCUCAGACUAGCCACUGACCUGAGUGAUCUGGAGUAUCUAGAUGAGGAGUUCCAUCAGAGUCUACAGUGGAUGAAAGACAAUGACAUCACUGAUGUGCUGGACCUUACCUUCACUGUGAAUGAGGAAGUCUUCGGACAGGUAACAGAGAGAGAGCUGAAGUCUGGAGGGGCCCACAUUAAUGUGACAGAAAAGAAUAAGAAGGAGUACAUUGACCGCAUGGUGAAGUGGAGGGUGGAGAGAGGAGUGGUCCAGCAGACAGAGGCACUGGUCAGAGGCUUCUAUGAGGUGGUGGACUCACGGCUGGUGUCAGUGUUCGAUGCCAGAGAGUUGGAGCUGGUCAUUGCUGGGACAGCUGAGAUAGACCUCAAUGACUGGAGGAACAACACAGAGUAUAGAGGAGGCUACCAUGACAGCCACAUAGUGAUCCGGUGGUUCUGGGGGGCAGUGGAGCGCUUCAACAAUGAGCAGAGGUUGCGUCUGCUGCAGUUUGUGACGGGCACCUCCAGUGUUCCCUACGAGGGCUUCACCGCACUACGGGGCAGCAACGGCCUGCGACGCUUCUGUAUCGAGAAGUGGGGCAAGAUCACCGCUCUACCCAGGGCACACACAUGCUUCAACCGGCUGGAUCUCCCUCCGUACCUUUCCUACACCAUGCUCUAUGAUAAACUGCUUAUCGCUGUGGAGGAGACCAGCACCUUUGGCCUUGAGUGAAGGAGAAAGACAUUGUGCAUCCCAAAUGGGACCCUAUUACCUGUAUAGUGCCCGUAGUAUUGCACUAGGGCAGGGAUCAUCAACUAGAUUUAGCCGCGGGACAAUUUUUUCUUGAAUUACAUACUAUAAUUACAAAUAAUUUGUAGACUGCAAAUUGACCACAAGAAUCCCAAACAGAUAUAAUAUUUCACUAAAACAAUCACUUCAAACGUUGCUUACAUUUGUAUAUGAUCACAAUAUCUCGCUAUUAUGCUUUGGAAUACUUUGGAACAGAUUUCCAAAGUUAAAAUUACUUGGAGCUGAUUUGCUGGUGUUUUUACAGUCUUUUAUGUCCAUGUAAAUAACAUCAUGUGCGGAACCCUGCACUAGGGAAUAGGGUUCCAUUUGGAAAGCAGUCAAGAUCUUACUGUCGAAUCCUGUGCCUCAGGACCGGGGAUUCUACUGUUUGCAACACUCCCUUUUUACUGUACAUUUCAAUACAACAGCCAGAGGACUGUACAUUUCUCUUUUUUAACAAUCUAUGUACAGUGUACAAGAAAAAGGAAAAGCCAACCACCACCGCAUGCAUUACUCACCUAUUACAAUGUACCUUUGUUAAGUAACCAAGCUGUAUGCAAUAGCUCUUAUUUGGCCUCAGCCUAUAACAGUACUCAGGGCCAUGACUCAACAAAUCACACCAACGAAUCGGCUAGUCCAUCUCUGCACCAACAGCCUCAGCUAGCAUCGUCACAAUCUAUCACCAAUCACAACCACAAUUAUCACUAAAGAAAUGCCUCAAUUCACAUAAUAAGAGGGAGAAAAAUGCCUCAAAAACUGUCACGGGAAGAACCACUACAACCAACAUUAUAUCAAAACGUUGUGUUCCAACUUCAGCAAUUCCACUUCAAAUACUGCUGCGACUGGGAUUAUCCCAGGAUAGGACAUCAGCAAAGGACUGGCUCAUCAUCAGCUCUCAAGGACAAAAUGGCUGCUGAAGGGUAUUACUACUAAAAUAAUAACCAAAGCAUAUUGUCCAUAAAGAACUACAAGUAAAUAUAAUUUUUACCAAGAUUUUGUGAACAUUGUGAUAUAUCAAGAGAGAUUCCAAAAUAUAGCAAGACCCUCCCACAAUUGCAAAAUGACUGUUGGAGGAUUCUAAGGAUAUUAGUUGUUAUACUGCACUGUAACUGAAGUCAAAACGAUGUGUUAUCACUAAAUAUGUGGAAUUGAUGUAAACCUUGAUGUUGAUUGGGAAAUGAACACAAGCCACAGUUUCACUGUAAGUGAUUAGAGUGAAGGGAGGUGAAGAAACCCACUUUAUUACCAAUGUCUGAUCAGAAGAAUAACUGUUUUGAUGUGCUCCAUGUGAAAACUUGUUUUUUCCCCUCUUGAUUUUGAGAACCAUUUGAUGUUUACAUGAGAUGCGUUUUCUCUUGUUUCAACACAAUUCAGUCAGGAUAUUAUGAAUGUUUCAUUAUCACAAAAUGUAUUUGUUUCAUCGGUAUAUGGUAGACUGUGAAUAACACCACAUAUUAUUUUGGAAAUUUAAAAAUAUAUAUUUUAAUGUGUUUUUUACAAGAUCUUUUCAAGCAUGGAAAACACAACAGGACAUAUUGAAGUUUUUUGUUAUCAUUUUCAAACACCAAGAGAGAGAUGAUUUGAAGUAAAUUUGCGGGUAUUGUGUUUAGAUUGUACUGGAUCUUAUUCUUCCUGAAUAAUUGUUGCACUUGUAAGGAGUUAACUCUUAGUAAACUCACCUGAAAUAGGUAUACCACUAUUCAAAUAAAAAUCAAUUCUAUUUUUAAAUGUAACAUCACUUGCAAAUAUAGUUUUUGCUGAAAUAAAUACAGUAGCAUACAAUGCUGUUGACCUGUUGCCGCUUGUGUUUUAGCAGAGUUAACAUGUUUGAUUUUGUUUCAGUUUAUGCCUGUAUGUCUACCCUUGCCCACAGCCAUAAGUGCUAUGACAUGAUGAAAAUGUAAUUGACUCAAAAUGGACGUCAUGUUGCAGUGUCUUUUGUCAGUUCCAGGUUGCCAUGCCACAUCCUUUAGGACAGACCCCACAGGGUUGCUUUAUUAAUUUACCCUCAUGUUGACAUUUAAUGCACAUAUGCUAUCGCGACUUUAUCAUAAUAGGAUAUGACAGCUGUUAUAGUCUGCAAAUGCCAUGCCUUAACAUGAAAACACUGUAUAUGACAACAUGCCACUGUCACACAGACAUAAGCCUAUAACUGAGUUGAUUGCAGACCAAUUCAAUAAUUGUAUAUGUCCCAUCUUUUCAUGUGCAUCGUUAUAGUAGUUUGAUAUUAGAAGAGAGACACCAGAAACUUACAUUAAACACUACUGUACUUACAUGA